AGCAACCAUAUCCCGACAAAGUCUGCACACAUCCGCCUCAGCUUGCAAGUUAGACGCAUUGUGCAUGCCCACUGUGCUGCUUCCUUUCCUUAUCCACCAUGCUAUACAUGCCCACAACCUUGAACAAAAGUCCGUCCACUCAUCUCAAAAGAAAAUUCUCCUCAGCACAUCCAUCACCAGCCAAACCAAUAUUCCUUCUUCCUCCGGACAAAUCGACAAAUCCCACGCACGAGCCCCUGAUCUCACUUCAAACCCUCCUGAUCCUUCCCAUUCCUCCCAGCCUGUCGGGUCCUCUAGCGCUCCAGCCCUUCCGCAUCCAUUCCCAAGGACCAAGGUAAGGUUCACCGCGCCAGUUUCGCAAGCGGCGAAGACACGCGGUGGCGAGUUCCGCCUCUGUCUGCUGUGUUCAGUGCCACGGAUCCAUGUGUCGGCAUCCUGGAGAAAAUGUGCCGUGAGCUGGGCUGGACCUUCUGGUCGCAUGAGCAGACUCCAGGUACCAGGCGCCAGCAUCCGCACACGGAGACGACGGAUUGCUUGAAUGUCCACCGACGUGAUUUGCAUCCACCAGCCAGCCCACUCAUUUGACCUAGCGUGCGAAGGGAGUAAAAAUAACAUCCUUGAUCAGUCGUACUAGGGGAAGCUGGAAGUCGUGCAAAGAGCCAGUCAUAUUCCGCCGAAGUAUCUCCUCCCCCUACCCACCCACUAGAGCCGGCUCGAGCGCGCCGAAGAAGACUCUACCCACGAAGCUGAGAUGGCUGGCAAAAGGGCCUUUUGGCAACCUGCCUUUUCGGGAAGGAAUUUCCAGCGAGCAGGAUUCAUGUGUAGAAACCUGCACUAAAAUGUCG